GCAGACCAAGCGCACAAUCGCAUCUUUGAUACGUAUAUAUUUAUUAUCUACUGAAAUUGACAAGUAACAAGUAUAUCUUUCCUGUGCACGACUAUACACACAUCCGAGUCAUCGUCGCUUUAUCAACGCGCUCUUAAGGACACGAGUAUUUAUUGCAGGUCGCAGUUAUCCUCCGAUCGUCUUUGCGGAAAAGGGUCUCCGCUUUCUACACCUAUAUCCGUCCAUCACUGCAGCGAUUGCCUUUUCCUACGGGACCAACCAACUGAUUCCUCGCUCGAAAGUCAAUUUCUCAUUUCAGAGGGGCACGAUGGUUCAGAAACCAAAAGUGUACGUGAUCGGCGUGGGCAUGACCAAGUUCGAGAAGCCCGGCCGCAGGGAGGACUUUGACUACCCCGACAUGGCCAAGGAGGCGGUGACGAAGGCCCUCUCGGACGCCAAGAUCCCUUACGCGGACGUGGACGCCGCGGUCGCCAGUUGGGUGUACGGGGACUCGGCCUCGGGCCAAAGGGCCCUCUACGAGGUAGGCCUGAGCGGCUGCCCGAUUUACAACGUGAACAACAACUGCUCGAGCGGAUCGACCGCCAUCAUGCUGGCCAAGCAGAUCGUGGAGUCGGGGAACGCGAGCUGCGCCCUGGCCUUUGGCUUCGAGAAGAUGGAGCGCGGCUCCCUCACCAGCAAGUUCAUGGACCGGGCCAACCCCAUGGACAAACACGUCGAGCUCAUGGCUGACAUUGCUGGGAUAAACCCGAGUCCCAUCGCGGCUCAAAUGUUCGGCAACGCUAUGAUCGAGCACAUGCAGAAGUACGGCACGAGGCCCGAGCACUUUGCCAAAAUCGCUUACAAAAACCACCUGCACUCGGUCAACAAUCCCAAUUCCCAGUUCCAAGAGAAGUACACCCUCGACCAGAUCAUGAAGUCGCCAAAGAUAUUUGGCCCGUUGACGAAAUUACAGUGCUGCCCGACGUCGGACGGCUCGGCCGCUGUGCUCCUGGCCAACGAGGCAUUCGUGAGGAAGCACGGACUGGAGAACCAAGCCGUCGAGAUCGUGGGGAUGGAGAUGUCCUCCGAUUUGCCAACCACCUUUUCCGAAAGAAGUUGCAUGAACCUAGUCGGGUACGACAUGACGAGGAACGCAGCGGAGAAGCUUUUCACGAACACCAUGUACAGGCCGAGCGACGUCGACGUGAUAGAGUUGCACGAUUGUUUCUCGGCCAACGAGUUGAUAACGUACGAGGCUCUGGGUCUGUGCGCGCCCGGCAAAGCCGCUGAGCUCAUCGACUCCGGGAACAAUACUUACGGCGGCAAAUACGUCGUCAAUCCGAGCGGUGGUUUGAUAUCCAAGGGACAUCCUCUCGGUGCCACGGGGCUGGCUCAGUGCACCGAGCUCUGUUGGCAGCUCAGAGGGGAGGCUGGCAAACGGCAGGUGCCCGGUGCAAAACUCGCUCUGCAGCAGAACAUCGGUUUGGGAGGAGCAUCGGUGGUCGCUCUGUACCGUUUGGGCUUCCCGCGGAAGAGCACCUUCUAUCGCAAGGAGGUAAAGGCCAAGGAGAUGGAGUACUCGGCGAACCCAGAUAGCUUCAAGGCCAACGUGCUCUUCAAGGCCCUGGAAAUUGCUAUGCAGGAAGACGAGGAUAAUCUCAUCGAGAGGAUGCGGGGUAUUUACGGGUUCAAGGUGACCGACGGACCGGGAGGUUCGGUCGGUUAUUGGGUGAUCGACGCGAAAACUGGCAAAGGGAGCAUCGAGUACAACGGCAAGGUGAAGCCCGACGUGGUGUUCACCAUCAGCGAUACCGACAUCAUGGACUUUAUUUCUGGUAAAUUGAACCCGCAGAAGGCUUUCUUUAUGGGCAAAGUCAAAAUCCAGGGCAACAUGGGCUUGGCCAUGAAACUGCCGGACCUUCAACGAAGAGCGGCCAAAAAGAUCGCGCUCAUUCGUGCAAAGUUGUAAAUUUCGUUUAAGUUGAUUUGUGAAACAUUUUUGUACUCGAAACGGCUGACCUACCGAUUGUGGAUUUGAGAUUAUCAGUCAAAAUGCAGGGGUUGAGAUUACGAGCUCAUAUGCUUAUACGUGAUCAAUUGAGUGUGGGUGGACUUGGAUGUUAAUCAAAUUGAAUGCAGAUUUCAAAAGUAUAUUUGCUUAUCAAAUAACAUUAGAUGAUAGAUAGCAAAUGUAUUGAAGAUAUAUAGUGUCUUCUAAUGAUCUAAUGGUCAUACUAACACAUCACUUUGGUGUUAGAUGUACACAAGGGAAAGGGAAAAUUGUUUAAGGUCGAAGAAAACUAUAUAAUGUAUGAUAUAUAUACGAUACAAAAAAACACACGGAUGAAUCGAUUUUUUACACGAUAUUUUUUUAAAUGGCAUUGCUUUGUAAUGCUUAUUGUUAUGUAUAUUUGUAAGGUUUAUUAUGGUGUGCAAUGUGCAAGAAUACAUUUUUAAUAAAAAUAAUUGAAAAAUAA